AUGUCAGGUCCUGCUGGAGCACCCAGCCCUGGUCCUAGGAGCGCCAGCACUGGCCCAGGGACUGCAGUUACGAUGCCUUCUCAACAUCAACAACCUAUAUCCAGCGGACCUUCCUCUGGCGGUGCCACACCAGCUGUACCCAACAGGCCCGGACCUGUAUCCCAGCAGGAUUUGAACCAGAUUGUUAUCGACUAUUUGGCAAAAAAGGGUUAUAAUCGAACCGAAGCCAUUUUCCGAAUGGAAUCAUCGAACCAAGAAAUUGAUGGGCGCCCUUUGUUACCAGUCUCGACUGAUACUCACCCGAAAUUCAGGGCUGCCUUUGAAAUGACAAAGCUAUGGGUUGAAGACAAUUUGGAGAUCUACAAGCCCGAACUUAGACGCGUUCUUUGGCCUCUUUUUGUCUACUCUUAUUUGAACCUCAUCAGAGCUAUGACUCCGUUAGAAGGCCGCCAAUUUUUUGAAGCAAACAAAAACCUGUUUCUUCCGGAGCACACGGAUGAUAUUCGUGCAUUGCAGACCCUCGGCCUUCCUGAGCAUGUUCAGGACAACAAUAUUGCUAAGCUAUACCUCGACAACAAGUACCGGCUUACCCUGAGUAACCCUGCUUUCUCGAAUCUUAUGCAGUUUCUCGAGACUAAGCAUAAGGAGGGUGGAACUGUUAUGUCGGCAUUGUUGAGUAGUUACUGCACCAUCAUCACCAAGGACCGCGCUUCCGAUGACCGAUUCAGUUUUGGUGCAAUGCUCGCCAGAGGCAAAAAUUCAGCCGGUGUACCCGCUGAAGAUGAAGGAAUUCCCGGUCAUCAUCCCGGUUCUGCCUAUACAGGUGACAAUCCUGGAAUUGCUGGAGCCCUUCCACGGCUCAAACUUGGACAGCUACCCCCAGAGGCCACCUUGGAAGGGGACGUUCGCGGAGAACUAGAAGAGGAGGAUUCCAAGGAGGACCUUGGGCCGGGAAAAGUAACACUUGUCCAGCAUUUUGACCAGAUGAUUAAGAAAGAAGAAGAUCUUGACGCUCCUUCUCGCUCAGAAAUCCCAUAUCCUCCUUCUACUGCACGAGAUGUGGCUAUGGAAGUUCAGAAAGUAAAAGAAAACCGUGACAGGUUCAAAAUCGAUGGACGCAGCGGAGGUGUUGCCCCUGGAGUUAGUGUCUGCAUGUUUACUUUCCACAAUGCAAACCAAGGAAUUACGUGCAUGGAUUUUUCUGGAGACAACAAUCUUGUAGCCGCCGGUAUGCAAGAUUCCUAUAUCCGUGUUUGGAGCCUGGACGGACGUCCCAUUCCUCCCACAUACCCCGAUGCGGACGACCCCACUCCCAAAAACUCGCACAGAUUGUAUGGUCAUUCUGGCCCAGUUUAUGCUGUGUCGUUUGCUCCGUCCAUAGCAAGCCCAGAUGAUGCGGAGGUGAAAACCAAUGCUCGUUGGCUUCUUUCCUCAUCCGCUGAUCAAACUAUCCGUCUUUGGUCCCUUGACCUUUGGAGGUGUAUCGUUGUGUACAAAGGCCAUGCUGGGCCUGUCUGGAGCCUGUCAUGGGGACCUUUUGGACACUAUUUCGUCUCCGGUGGUCAUGACAAAACUGCAAGGCUUUGGGUUACCAACAAAAUUCGACAGCAACGUAUCUUUGUCGGACACGAUCAAGAUGUUGAUUGCGUGUGUUUCCACCCAAAUUCCGCUUACGUAUUUACCGCAAGCUCUGACCAUACCGUUCGCAUGUGGUCUGUAAGCACGGGAAAUGCUGUUCGUAUGUUUACCGGCCACACUGGAAACAUUACCGCCGUGUCAUGCAGCAACGAUGGACGGCUCCUUGCUUCUGCUGAUGACCAUGGGACUAUCAUUCUCUGGGAUCUUGCCCCUGGAAAGCUUCUUAAGCGCAUGCGUGGCCAUGCAAAGGGUGGUAUCUGGGCUUUGUCUUGGAGCGCUGAAUCCAAUGUCCUUGUUUCUGGCGGUGCAGACGGCACAGUCCGUGUUUGGGAUGUCGCGGGACCCCCUAGCGAAGCCUCUACUGGGCAAGGCCGCGUUCUCACGGAGUCAGGGGGUGGAACCAAGAUUGAUGCCUCCAAUUCGACAAGCGCAGCACCCAAUCAAUCGGCGGCGGCGGCAGCAUCUGUGGCAGGAGCGCCAAAAUCCGGCACAGCCAAGGGUAGUUCGACUAAGAAGAAAAAAGGGAAGGAUGCAGUUGUUACGGCAGAUCAGAUCAGCGCAUUUCCAACCAAGAAAACCCCUGUUUUCAAUGUUACUUUUACCAGAAUGAAUCUAGUCAUUGCCGGAGGAGCAUAUACGCCCUGA